GGUUCAGGUUUUCUUCAUUACUCAUGUAUCUACCAUCCUUCGCUCUUAAUUUGGAUUAUUGGAACUUUGAUAUACAGCGUAGUAACGUGUGUCGUACAGCGACCCUAAUACUUCACAUCCUGAACUUCAGUGUAACACUCGUCACUUAAUAACCGAGCUUAUGUAACGUGUGCGAGGGGAGGACGACUGACUCUGCAUGGUAUCGCUGAUGGUUACUUCACUGCUGGACGACAUUAGUAUUUUGUAAACUUUGGUCGCAAUAUAUUUUCAAGACAAGUUCUAGAUGCUAUGGCUUGAAAAGGCUGACGAUGUUUCAUUGGAUUUAAGACAAGGAUCAUGCUCGUAUUAAUACAGUCAAGAACACUUAUAUCUGCUGAAGAAAAUUGGUAUGUGAUGGUUGCUGCAGUACGUUUCUCCGAGCUUAUCACAGUCUGUGUAACUAUCUUCGGCUUGGCACAAGGCGUAAGUUACCAUGUGACCAUGUACAUUGCUGAUACACCGAAUGCGGCCACGAAGUCUGAAGUCAUCGUCUCCCUUAUUGGUACUAAAGGUGAAUCUGAGAAGAAAUCUCUCGGUAGCGUAUCAACUACAACCAGUACUAUCAUUACUUCGCCCAACCUAGGUUUCCUGAAGACAUUGGUUACUGAAAAAAAACAGUCGGGUAUCUUCAACGAUGAUAACUUACAGUUUUUAAAGGUGACCGUCAAAAGUGAUGAAGAAGCACACACCUAUGCAUUCCUCUGUCCGCAUCCGUACUGUACUAUCAAAUGGCCAAACCUCAUGGUGAAGCUGCACGGAGGAGUUGACGGUCAAUGGUCAAAGUGGACAAGCUGGAGAUGUGAAUGCGCGAGAAACACUAAUCGUCGAACACGUUACCGGAAGUGUGACAACCCAGCUCCUUACUUCACUGGCGCAGCCUGUGUCGGAAGUAAUGUCGAUACGAUUAUAAGUGGAUGUUACGCAGAGUGCAGACCUUUUUAUACUACUAAGACUCCGAAACCGGUAAUCACGACAUCAACUUCUUCCUCAUCGUCUACAUCGACAACGGAAAAGGGCCCGACAACGUCAAGCCGCCAAAGUCGCACCAAUUCAUGCAACGUUUUGAUUAUAGGAGCUGUUGUCGUCACAUAUAUGCUGACUUGGCAAAGCUAGCGUAAAAAAUGAGGAAGUCUGUUUUUUUGCUCAAGAAAAUCAAAUAACUGUGAUCAACAUUUCGUAUCAACCUUUCCAAGGAAACGACAAUAAACCAAGGCAGCAUCUUGUGCAAUGAUGCACUCUUAGAAAUAAGGUUUUUGAGGUUCUGAAGAACCUUUUAGAGUUUUUCUUUCCCAUACAAAACUUCUGGCUCGACUUACUAUCUCGAGCGCUCGACUUAUAUCUCGAUUUAUAAUUAUAACUUGCCCGCUAGACAUCAUGUCGAGUGCUCGAGUCAUAAAAAAACUUAUUCGGACAUUCAGAAAUGAAGUAUGAUGGCCUUUCCAAGCCACCGUAGAAACAGCAUCGAGACCGCAUCGACACUAUCACAGAGUAGAUUGAUUGUUAGCAGCUGCAUUUAAUGAAUCGUAAACCAUCAGCGAUCCAGACAAAGUCCUUUCACCACACUAGACGACCCGUCACAUUUAUUGAUUAUACCAGUGUUGCUUUUGAUGACCGGUUGCUAGGGAAUUCCACGAUCCGUCUACGGUUUUGACACCAGUGCAAUAACAACCUUUCCGGGCAGGCCGAUGAGGAAGUUUAGCAAUGAAUAUUCGCCUUUGAAUUACAUUCCGGACGCAUAUAGAUCCAAUUAUGAUGACGCAAUCGACUGCCCAGGAGUCUACCUUGAAUGAGCUGCAGAGGGGACAAAACAAUAUCUGUAACGGAUGAACUAGCUCUGCAUGAGAACGAAAAAAUUGAAAACGUGUCGCCAUUUGAGGCUUAAAUAUUGAUUUUAUGAAAAUAUCGAUAUGGUUCUGUGUGAGCCAUAUUUAUACCUAACGUACAUUAUGUAUGAUAAGCCAACACAGUCUUUAAUAAAUA